AUGCGCGGAAAAUCGAUAAUGCAUGACUUUCUUAAGACUGAUCAUCACCAUCGUCAUCGUCGUUCACAUCACACAAAAAGCAAAACAUCUGUUACUGAAACCGAUUUUGCUGCAACACCAAUGACAGAUCAGAAAAAGCCAACUGUUUUUAACAAACUAGGACAAAAACUUUCUAGCCUCAAAGAUGAUAUUGCCGAUAAAGUUGAAACAAUAAAACAUUCUCAAAGUAAUAGUAGCAAUAGUUUUAUUAUGAGAACGAAUAUGGAAAGUGACACAGUUGUUAUUGAAAAAAAAGAUCCAUCUCCCUUAUUAUCAGCAACAGCAGCAACAAUAGUUCAUCAAAAGAACCCUGAUGAUGAUGGUAGUGCACUUUCAGGUACCACAGGAGGUCCAGCACAUCUGGCUGUUGCAGAUCGUCAACAUUCAAUAUCAUCACUUGCGAUGGUAUUUGGUAGAGGUGGCGUCACAACGUUGAGUGCUGCCGCUGCCGCUGCUACCACAUCGUUUAUUCGCUCAGAUUCAUAUCGUUUAUUACACGAUCUAUUAUCAACAGAAAAUAGUGCGCAAGCUAAAGAUAUGAUGGUGUCUUCUGUACGGCAAGAAAUGUUUAGUCGAGCACGUGCAACAAGUGAAACUGCAAGUGAAGAUCAUAUUAAUAGAAUCGAUCCACGAGAAAUGACGGCUAAACCAACAACCGUACAUGUAGAUAAAAUGACCGCGAGAAAACCAACAAUGCUGUUAAGCGGACCAAAAUUUAGAAAUCAUACCGUUGAACCAGAAAAUCAAUUAAAAAGAGACACAAUUAUGCGAAUAUCGAUUAUUGUUGGUGUAAUAUCAUUAAUAAUUACAUUAUGGAAACCAAUAUCAUCAUUUUUCAGCGGUUUUACCAUCGGCUUUAUGUUUGCUGCCGCUAUUUGUAUUAUAUUAAUUGAAAUGUACAUGAAUGCUAAAGCGGAUGAAAGUAUUGUGCAUGAAUGGAUUGAUUUUCCCGAAUUAGAACAAAUUUUAUCAGAAAAAGCAGCGAAAGAAGACAAAUCCACAUCUCUUCAUACUUGUGGUGAGAUUAUAUUUGGGCGUUAUGAUGUCGAUCGUGAUGAUCAAUUUGUUCGUUAUCCAUGUGUUAUUCGUCUAGAACAAUAUCGUCUUAUUUUACAGCUACCCACAAAGGCAAUUGCUGAAUCAGAAAAGAAAGAGAAAGAAAUCAAAUUUGUUGGUUAUAGAGAAUAUCUGAUUAAAGAAGCCAAUUUAAUUCUUGUACCAGAAGCAACGCUAACACGUAUAAAAUAUUGGCUAUGUGAAUAUCCAAUCGUCGUACAAAAUUUACAAAUAUUAGAUAAACAAAUAUUUAGUAAACAAAAUUUAGAAAAAUCAAAAUUUGAUACAGAUGAUUUUUUUGAUAAUCCAUCAACAACAUUAUCGAUAUUUUUCGAAACUGGACCAGAAAAAGAAGAUUGGUUUCAUAAAUUAUCAUUGGUUAUACGAAAAGGAAAAGAUGAAAUUGAACGAGCAAACCGCUUAUUAAUGGGUGCUCCAUCGGCUCCUGGUAUUCAGACUUCAUCAUCGACUGACAGUGUAUCUGUGACUAUUGCUGAAAUGCCAAUACCAUUCGCUGCUCGAUCGACCGAAACUCGUACGUUAUUAAAUGAACGUGUUCAAAUGAAAGAAAUGGAGAAUGUUGGUCCUCCAUAUGCCGACACAAUGAAUUCUGAUAAAGUACAGACGGACUUAUUACGUGAACAAAUAACUAAUGAACAUAUUCGAAAUGAUAUUGCACAAGCGAAAGUCCAAGUCGAAGAAUUGAGACGUGAAAAUAUUGAAAAAGAUAGUAAAGACAGUAAAAAAACGAAAGAUAGUGAUAAAGACGCAACUGGGACACAUCGUACAGCAUCAAUGAAAAAGAAAUACAAAAAACAAGAAGAAACGUUAGAGUUAUUAUUAAAAUCGAGCGAUUGUUUAGAUGAGGCAGCAAUAACAAUGAAUUUUCUUGCUAGAAGAUUAUUUUGUGAUAUAUUCGAAGAACCAUUAUUCAAAGAUUUGUUAAAAGAAAAAGUUGAAUUAAAAUUAAAAGAAAUUGCCAUUGCCGUAUUAGACGAAUUGAAAGUUGAAAAGAUUGAUUUGGGUCAUACAUUUCCUGUCAUAUUGAAAGUUGAACCAAUGCAAUGGAAUACAAGAGGAAUAUGGUUUAAUCUAUUUUUAUUUUAUCGUGGAAGUUUUAAAAUAACUAUCAAAACAAAAUUACGCUUACAAAAAUUACUUCAUUAUAAUCCUACUCAUGAUGAUCCGAUGUUUCAACAACAUCGUUCAGCACAACUAGUGCAUAAACUAGAAGAGAAAAUUGAUAACGAUGAUGUACAAGCGCAACAAAAACUUUUGGCUAAGGAACCUGAAGUGCCAGAAAACGUUGCAUCACGUAAACUUGGCACAUUAUUGCAAAAACUUGCAACAAGCAAACAUUUUCAACGGUUUGCAGCACUGAAACCAGUUGCUGGUGUGAUCGAAAAACUAUCUGGCACAGAGGUUGGGGUCAAUGUUGAAUUAACAAGUUUCUCUGGUGUGAUGACAAUCAAUAUUCCUCCACCUCCAAGUGAUCGUAUCUGGAUUGGUUUCCCAGAAUUACCUGAUUUAGCUCUCAAAGUAACACCAGUAUUUGGUGAAAGUAAAUAUUCAUACAAUAUUAUACACGAUUUUCUAGAAGCGCGUAUCAAAGACGAAAUGAAACGUUUACUUGUAUUACCAUCCAUGGAUGAUCAAUUAUUACCAUUCUUUCGUGAUUGGGUUAUUGAUGGUGAAAUUGCAUCUAAACCUGCUAAUCCUUUGACUGAUAAUGUUAAAACGUCUCAAAAUCAAUCUAGUUUUCGUGAACAUUUGAUUGAAUAUAAUUCUUAUAAAGAUCUGAAUCAAGCAAACGGAUCAAACGUCACAGGCAUUCCAUUUACAUCUAGUGAAAAAAUCUCAUCUUCAUCUCCAAAAAAAUCACAUCACUCUCACAAAAAAUCAAAUGAACAAAAUCAAGAGAAUACUACAGAGAACAUGUCAGAAUUUUGA